AUGUCCUCUGCGUCUUCCAUUCAUCUCAGGCCGCCCUUCCGCGCCGAACAUGUCGGCUCUUUACUCCGUCCCAACGCGCUUUUUGAGAAGCGCAAGGAGGUGGAAGCCACCAAUACCAUCCCCCACGAUCUCAAAGCCGUCGAGGACGAAGCCAUUAAGCAUGUCGUUAAGCUUCAGCAGGACGUGGGCAUUAAGACCAUUACGGAUGGAGAGCUCAGAAGGGGUUAUUUCUACGAAGGUGUCUUCAAUAACCUUGAAGGCAUUGUAGAGCUUCCCGAUCGUCCUAUUGCCACUUUCAAACCGUAUAUUCCCCAUAUCGCCGUGAUGUACGCUGCAGGCGUCCAGGAAUCUCCAUCCGCCUUUUGCAACGGGAAGAUCAGAAGAACUAAGCCUUUCUACGUGGAUGAAUUCAAGUAUAUGAAGUCUCUUGUUGCGCCAGAGGAUGUCAAGAAUAUCAAAAUAACGAUGUGCUCGCCGGUGUGGUUCCAUCAGCGCCAUGGAUCCGACGAAACCUACGAUUUAUCGGUGUACAAGAAUGACGAUGAUUACUUCGAUGACCUCGGAGUUGCUUACCGAGAGGAGAUUAGAGAAUUGUACGAUCUGGGUUGCCGGCACAUUCAAAUUGACGACCCCACGUUCUGCUAUUUCUGCAGCGAGAACAUGAUAACCGGGAUGGAAAGAGCCGGCGUCGACCACGAAGCGUUGCUUGACACAUACAUUCGCGCCAUAAAUGUUAUCACCCAGGAACGUCCAAAGGACUUGACUGUCAGCGUUCACAUGUGUCGUGGAAACUUCAAGGGUGGAGUUCAUUUCGCAGAGGGAGGAUACGAGAGAAUUGCUGUGAAGCUGUUCAACACGCUUGACGUCGAUGUCUUCUAUCUCGAGUACGACACGAAACGCGCAGGCGAUUUUACGCCGCUCAGAUUCCUGCCCCUAGACAAGACUGUGGUCCUCGGGCUUGUGACGACCAAGAACCCACAGCUUGAAUCAGUUGAGGAACUCAAAGCGCGAGUCGAUGAGGCGGUAGAAGUUCUGCGUCAAGGAAGUCCGAAGCGCUCUAGGGAAGUCGCGUUGAACCAACUUUGUAUUAGCACUCAAUGCGGCUUUGCCUCGGUCUGGGAGGGAAAUCCGGUCACAGAGGAGGACGAAAGGAAGAAGCUCGCGCUCCUCGUCGAAGCCGCAAAACAAAUCUGGCCACCGGAAAUGUCCUGA